AUGGGUUGGACAUACAACACCACAGAUCCCGAUGCGCCUACGAUAGGCCAUCAAAUCACGAGCGUUGCCAUCGCCCUUACCAUUCUUUCCUUAAUCACUGUGUGUCUGCGAACCUAUGUGCGAGCAAUUAUGCUCAAGGCCAUCGGGUUCGAUGACUGGGUUAUCAUCCUGACAUGGAUCGCGGCGGCUGGUUUCGCGGUCGUGUCAAUCGUUCAAACGAAAUGGGGCUUAGGAUUGGUACAUAUGGAUAAUUUUCCAGAGCAAAAUCUGUACAAUUUCAAUAUUCUUCAAUAUAUCGGCGCCCCUUUUUACAUCUCGAGUAUUUUCGGCUUCAAGCUCGCCUUGCUCACCUCAUACCUUCGUUUUAUCCCCAAGGGCAUGUACCGGUACACUACCGUCGGCGUCAUUAUCUCCUGCCUCCUGUUUCAUCUAUCGUUCUUGCUGGUUCAGCUUAACCUUUGCCAACCCGUGGCACGACAAUGGGACUCAAGCAUCCCGGGCACAUGUCUUAAAGGAGUGCCGUUCUAUACUAGCAUGGCGUCGCUAACUAUCAUUUUCGAUGUCAUCUCUAUGCUUCUCCCAUUCCCAGUUCUUCUCCAAUCCCAAAUCCAGACGCGGAAAAAGGUCGUCCUACUUGGAAUGUUCGGACUCGGCCUCUUCAUCACCAUCAUCCAGAUUAUCCGCAUCCAGACCGUCAAGCGCCUCGCGAAUCCAAUCGACUCUGCUCCUUUAAUCCUUUGGUCGACCGUCGAGAACAAUCUCGGUAUUAUCGUCACGAACGUCCCGACUCUUGCGCCCUUAAUCAAGUACUUCAACGAGCGAUCGAGAGCAGGCGGCACCGGAAGCCGAACCCGUGGAACAGGAUAUCCGACCGAGAUCGGGUCCCGCUACGCCCUGCAGACGUGGAGGACGGGCAAGAGCAAGGGAUGCGAGAAGUUGGAGAGCAUGAACGACAUGGACGGCGGAAGCAUCGAAGGCCAUGCGAGCAAGGGCGCCAACAACAGCACCGAGUUUAUUCUGGAGAGCGGUAUCACGAAGAAGACCGAAGUGGUAAUUACGCGAGAAUAG